GUGGCUGUGCAGAGUAUAGUGGUCCACUAAGUGGUUCUGCCGACUUCCAAGCGCAUCGGCAGCCUAUUUUCGCGGUCAACACUGGUCACGUUCAGAAACACAACCCAAUUCACACUUCUUAACAUCUGCUGUAUCUACCUCUAGUCCAUUAUAUAAGUGUACCGAUAUGAACCUCGAUUUCCAUGGCAGCCCUCAUUCAAUCAUUAAUGUCUUCUGUAGUCCUACCGUCUCGAGAACGAUGCAUCCAUAUCACUGACAAUACCCAACAAUGUCAGUGUCCAUGGUUCGUGUCGCUUCCGUUAGACCCGUACAUCUGUGGCCAGUGCGGACACGGUAUUCACGCCCAUGUCGACUACGUUUCGAUGGUCGUGAAUCAUCAUCCCCCAGCUCAAUGUGCCGCGUAUGUUCAAAAGACGCCUCUUGCACAACGUUGCACGUGUGAAGCUCAGCUUUGCGAUCACAUCGUUGCCGAUAACGCAUAUCGUAUUGGGGAGCCGUGGAACGUGUUGGACAAUUCCCGGGGAAAUAAUGUUGCCUUUCAUGGUGUCGACGUGAUCAACUUUUCCAACGACAUCGUCAACAGUACAUUCACGCCGUUCGUCAAUUCCAAUGCCAAUACCGACACCUUUUCUCGCGACGCGAAUCUCACCCCGGUCACUGCCGCACCCAUUUUCUCCCCCAGUCCCCGCCAUGCAUUUAGCCCUACCGAUAAUGCAGGGAAUAUUCCACCCCCUCCGCCCACGCCCUCUCUUUUGGCCAGUAGCACCCCACCAGGUAUUCAAUCGGAUGUCACUCAGGCCGAAGGUUAUAACCCAGACCAUUACUUCGUCCAAUACCCAGGCUAUUCCAUGGACAAUCCCUAUGCUCAUCAGGCAGACGGCGGUGCGACGGGCGAGAGUUUUGGUUAUCAGUAUCAUUCACCACACACUGAGGCUGGGUCGGACCCGUACAUCUAGUCCAUGACCGCGAUAGCUUCCUACAAAUUUCUCACAUUCUCCGGAUCCUCGGAACGCAAUACCAGUCCAUGUACUCUUCCCCUUCCUAUCUGCGCAUCGACAACCAUCGAAGAUAUCCAAUAGAUUUCUCAGGUGGUGUAUUCUCAUUUCUAUAUUUUUUCGGCUCGACUCUUUCUUUACCUAUCGUCACCCCACUAUUGCUGUUGCUUAAAUUCUCUAGUUUGUUGAUUGCUGUCUCUAGUUGCCGUCUUUCUUUUCCUUUUUCUAUGUUUUCCCUCGGAUAUUUUGCUUUGGCCUAACAAUUCAUGUUCAUUACAAUUUUUUACUUUUUGUUGCUGUCGAAAUGUUUUAUAAUUGAAUUGCUUUGGUGUUUCUAUGAUUAUUAUCUGAGUGAGCGCCCGACGCGUCCAAUAAC